CUUGUUGCUGAUUGUCAUUCAUAAGGCAUAUUCGCCUUGUUUGCCAUUAUUAUUAAAAUAGUGAAAGGAAAUGAAGAAAGUUUUGGUAACAGGCGGUACUGGGUUAGUGGGAAAUGCCCUCAAGACUAUUGUAAACGAAGACUCACUGGAAGGGGAAUGGAUUUUUGUUGGAACUAAAGAUGCCGACUUGACGGAUAGCAACUCCACUCGUGCCCUUUUCGAUCGAGUACAACCUACUCAUGUCGUGCAUUUAGCAGCAAUGGUGGGUGGGCUUUUCCAUAAUAUGAACAACAACCUGGAUUUUCUGCGUAAAAACCUGCAAAUAAAUGACAACGUGCUACAAAAUGCAUACGAGCAUGGUUGCGUUAAAGUAAUUUCUUGCCUUUCUACAUGCAUUUUUCCGGACAAAACCAGUUACCCUAUCGACGAGACCAUGGUUCAUAAUGGCCCUCCUCAUCCUUCGAAUUAUGGGUACUCAUAUGCGAAGAGACUUAUCGAUGUACAGAAUCACGCAUAUCACGACAAACAUGGUUGUAUGUUCACAUCAGUUAUUCCGUGCAAUAUUUUUGGACCUCAUGAUAACUUUAAACUAGAAGUAAGCCACGUCAUUCCAGGCAUGAUAAACCGUAUGCAUCAACUCAUUCAUGAAAAUAAAGGCCUGCCGGAGGACAGGAAAGAGUUUGUUGUAUACGGGACCGGAAAACCCCUACGUCAGUUUAUAUAUUCCUUAGACUUGGCUAAAUUAAUAAUUUGGGCUUUGGUCAAUUAUGAGAGUGUGGAGCCUCUGAUUUUAAGUGUAGAUGAAGAAAAUGAAGUUACUAUUUUUGAAGCUGCAGAAGCUGUCGCAAAAGCGUUUGAUUUUAAGGGGAAAUUAAUUUGUGAUACCAGUAAAGCUGAUGGUCAAUAUAAAAAAACCGCUUCUAACCGGAAGUUACGCAGUCUGUUGCCAAAUUUCCAAUUCACUGCGUUUGAGGAUGCCGUUAAAACCUCUGUGAAAUGGUACAUUGAAAAUAUAGACAAUGUAAGAAAGUAAUUUGAUUUAUUUCUGGGACGAAAGCUGACGGCUUUGCUCAACUCGAUAAGAUCAAUUUAAUUGUGAAGCUCUAUGCUUACUAACCAAUUAUUAUUUUCUCUAGACCAGUUAAAUUUUUUUAAUAAAACGUAGACUUAUGAAACGGAAUAA